UGCUGAGUGGGCAAAAAGCUCGCUCCGACGCGCAGGACCGGGUAAUCAGCCUGACAGACUCACUGGCCAACUAAAAUAAUGUGUGCUCCCUGCUAGAGAGAGAUAACAAGUCGCUGUACCGAGAAGCCGUUUGUGUGCUGGGUGGGUUCUGUAAGUGUCUUAGUCCUGACUUUUCGUCCAGAUCUACAGCCAUCUUUAGCUUUCAGCUCUAUCGUCAGUGAGAGAUGAAUGGGUACCUGUCCCAGUCCCAGUGCCCCAGUCUAGGCAUCAUCUACUCGGUGGUGGCCCGAGGCUCCAUCAUCCUAGCCCAGUAUGCAGCUCACCACGGGAACUUCACUGAGGUCUCACAGCAAGUCCUGGAGCUGGUGCCUACCGACAUCAACAGCAAACUCACUUAUGCCACUAGAGACUACAUGUACCACUACAUAUGUGAGGAGGGGGUAGUCUACAUGUGUAUCACAGACGAUGUAAGUGAAGAAGUGUGUUCUCAGAUGCACACACCUCUGCCAGUGAAAGGACACCCUGUGUCCUCACCACACGGCUGGAACAUUCCCUCCUCCUCUGACGCAUCACUCCUCAUUAAUCCCAAUGCUCACUGGAGCACUGAGUUUGAGAGAUCAAGAGCAUUUCUAUUCCUACAACACAUCCAAAUCAAGUGUAAGCACAAGUUUGGGCAUAGCAUACACUCAGCCAAGCCCUAUGCUCUCAACAGUGCCUUCAGCAAGGAGUUGGCUACUGACAUGAAAUCAUACUCAGAGUCAGCACUCCACCACGUUGGUUUCAGAGGAAGUGUUCAACUGGACAGUAUUGCCAUCAGAGACCUCGUGGAUACCUCAGGCUACACGGACCUGGAGCCAUUAGAACUGCUGGAGUCUGACAAUGAGAGCCUCAAGAGCUAUGAGUCGUCCAAUGUUCUGUUGAGAGAUGGGAGGUCGUGCUGUCAGUGGUGGAAGAGAUGGAGGAAAAGAAUCAUCAUCUUCCUCAUUGUCCUCUCUGUCAUACUGAGGAGCGGGUUUGGAUCAGCCGAACACGUCAUCAUUUUCGGCUGCGAUGGAUUUGGUAAUGGAGGAAUGUACUUGGAGAAUGCAACUUCUUUCCUUCCCAAUGUCAACAAGUUUUACACUGAUGGAGCUCACACAACAAGAGCCAGGGAUCAAAUGCCCUCAGUCAGUGCUCCAAACUGGGCUACCAUCAUAACUGGGAUGGGUCCUGAGGAGUCUGGUGUUUCAGAAAACUACUGGCUGCCACCAGACGGCCACUCUCUAGGCCCGCUCUCACAUCUCCCCCCCACCAGUGGCAAGGGCAAGGUUGUUGUUGUCGCAAUUGAAGGAAUAUACACAUGACAGCAUCGAUGACGCUGGACAUACCUUUACCUGGGGAAGUGCUCAGUACUAUCAUGCUGUUAAGGCUGUUGAUGGGUAAAUUGGAGAGAUCAUGAGGGCAUUUGAAAAAGCUGGGAUAUACAACAAAACCCUGUUCAUGUUGACUGCAGACCACGGAGGGUAUAUGUAUGGACAUGGAGAGCCUACUCAAGUCUGCAUGUACAUCCCAGCUCUGUUCAUGGAGCCUCAGGUGAAGAAAGGAUACCAGAUAUCUGGAUACACAACAGACAAGGACUUUGCACCCACUGCUCUGAAUGCCCUGGGACUCCAUCUGGGGAGUACAUGGUCGGAAAAGUGGUGGAGGAAAUAUAUGAGACUUAGUAGCUAUUAAGCACCUCCCAAGAACACGAAAGGAGACUC